GCCCCCGACUUCUCCGGCGGCGAAGCCAAAUGGGACAUGUCGGGCUCGUACACGUACACGGUCCCGAGCUGCAUCGAGGACGGCGAGUACCUGCUGCGGAUCCAGUCGCUGGCCAUCCACAACCCGUGGCCCUCGGGCAUCCCGCAGUUCUACGUCUCGUGCGCGCAGGUCAAGGUCUCGGGCGGCAGUGGGAGCUAUAACCCGACGACGGUGCGGAUCCCGGGCGCGUUCAAGGAGACGGAUCCGGGGUAUACUGCUAAUAUCUACUCCAACUUCCACGAAUACACCGUCCCUGGCCCUGAACCUCUUACCUGUUAAGUUUUGCCACUGAAAAUCACGGAAUAGGGGAAGGGGUAUAUGAGAUAUGAGAACUGAACUUUACAUUGAG